GUUUAUGCAAUAUUAAAUAUUUUUGUAAGUGCCGGAAAAACUGAAAAAAUUAAAUCCGAAUUUUCAUAAUGGACAGUUUUGGAAGAUUCGGCCCGCUAAUUGGAGUAAUAUCAAUAGGAAAUACUUACUGCAAAUUCUUAGUUUAUGCUGCUAAAAAUGCUGAAAUACUUACAUGCCAUGAAAUUAGAAUUAAGCAAAUUUCACAAAAUACCGGCUGGCUAGAAUUUGAUCCUCUUGAAAUUUGGGCAAACGUAAAUGAAUGCAUUGAGAUAUCAAGUAAAAAUCUCAAGAUUUUAGAUAUCAAUCCACUUGAUAUAGUUGCAGUUGGAAUAUGCAAUCAACGUGGGACCACAGUUUUAUGGCACAGUAAAACUGGACUUCCAUUUUACAAUGCUAUAGCUUGGUCCGAUUCACGUACGAACACUAUAUUAAAAAAUAUUUUAGAUAAAUUGAAAGGUAAACAAAAUUAUUUAAAAUCUGUAUGUGGGCUUCCAUUAAGUACAUGCUUUAGUGCCCUCAAAAUAUUAUGGUUAAAAGAGAAUUUCACUGUAGUAAGUAAAGCCCUUACAGAAAAGGAAUGCUUUUUUGGUACUUUAGAUUCCUGGAUAAUUUGGAACUUAACUGGUGGAAAAAAUGGUGGAAUUCAUAUAACUGAUAUUACUAAUGCCGCAUACACAAUGCUUAUGAAUAUAGAAACUUUAAAAUGGGAUAGAAAUUUAUGUGAAUUUUUUGGAAUUCCACAAACAAUUUUACCAAAUAUACGUUCGUGUUCCGAAAUUUAUGCGUACAUUCAUGAUGGUGAAUUAAGAGGAACUCCUAUAGCAAGUUCCAUUGGAGAUCAGCCAGCAGCCCUUUUAGGGCAAUUAGGUCUAAGAGUAGGUCAAACCUCGUGUGCUAUUGAUGACUGUUGCCACGUAUUAAUUAAUACUGGACAAGAAAUCAUAGACUCUGAAAAUGGUCUUCUCACAACAGUGGCAUUUAAAUUAGGGAAAGAAAAUGUAUGUUAUGCUUUAGAAGGUGCUAUUGCUAAUGCUGGUGGUAGUAUUAAUUGGUUAAAAGAAAAACUUGAAAUUAAUACGGAGAUCAAUCAAAAUGAUACCACUGCCGAGGUGUUAAGCAAUUUCUUGGGUGAUAGUUCAAUGAUGUCAUCGUCAAACUCUUCGGUAAUAUUUUCGAAUACAGACACUGCAAACGCUUUUAGAAAGAGUGAAGUUUUGUUUGUACCAGCUUUUAAUGGACUAUAUUCGCCAUAUUGGAGACAUGAUGCAAAAGGUUUAAUUCUAGGAAUUUCAGGCAACACCACUUCCGAACAUAUAACACAAGCUGCUUAUGAAUCUACGGGAUUCCAAAUUCGUGAUAUUUUAGAAGCUAUUAAAAAAGAUACACCAACGUGGCCGAAAACCAGGCGAUUAACUGUUUCAGGAGAAUUUAGUGAAAAUAAUAAUUUUAUGCAAUUCAUUGCAGAUAUUAUUGGAAUUGGAUUAGACCGCCCACAAACUGCUUCGGCUUCUUGUUUAGGUGUUAUGUUGGCGGCUGGCAGAGCUAUGGACAUACUUUCACUUGAAAAUGCUCAUUUUUUGUACACCCCACCAUCAGAUCUAUUUUUUCCAACAACAACAGCAAAUCGCAGAGAAAUUUUGUAUCAAAGGUGGCAUUAUGCAGUGAAAAAGUGCAUUUCAUGGGAUAAUUUUGAAAAUUAUGAGAAUGAAAUUCAAAUUUUUACACAACGUGAAAAAGAUCCAGAUGCAAAUGUACGACGAUCAAUUCCCGGGUCUUUAUUUAUUACAACAUCAUUUGCUUUAUUACUAGUAGCGCGUUAUUUAAAAAAUCUUAAUAUUAAUUAAAAUAGUUUUUUAGUCGUUUAAAAGAUAUUUUUUAAUCGUACACUCGUACACAUAAAUUUUUUUUUUUAAUUUAUUUUUUAUUUUUUAAUAUAUAAGAUAAUUUAGUAUGCAUUUUCAAAACUGUUGAAUAGAAUGUAUCAUCGAUAUUCGAUGUUAAUUUACCUUUUAAUUUUAAUUUAUUGACAUUAUGUUUAUUGUUCAUGUUAUGUAUUGAGGUGUAUCAUAUAAAAGCAGUGAUUAAUGAUCGUACAAAAUUUUUCAGUCUAGUCAAUGAAUGCAUUAUUCGAAUAAUUCAGUAAAUGGUUUCUAAUAUGAAAAACCGAAAGUAAAGUUAGUACCGUUGAAAUAAUCAAUUUAAUGUUCCAAUAAUUGUUAUUUAAUUUUAAAUAAAAAAAAAAAAUUUUAACCAUGUAUUUUGAUAAAUAUAAUGUACCUAAAACGCUUAUGUACGAAUGAAAAAUCUAUUGUAUAUUUUCAAAAAGUGUA